AACUGGUGCCACACUGCGUACACAAUUUCAAAUUAAGGAUUACUUAUUAUCACCAGGUACCUGUAAAUGUGGUUUACCAUGUCCACUGCGCCCAGAAUAUUUUUUCGAUUUUAAUGCUCAGGUUCCUAAUAUGCCAUUGAAAACAUCAACGUCAGCGCAAGAAAAUGGUUGUUCACCUGCCAACGCAACUAACUCCUCCACCAACACCUUAUCAUCAUCAACUUUGUCAACGUCAACGUCGUCAUCAUCAUCAUCAUCAUCAUCAUCAUCAGCAUCAGCAUCAUUAUCAUCAGCAUCAUCAUCAUCAUCGUCAUCCUCAUCGACAUCGUCGUCGUUGUCAAUGUCUUCUAACACAUCCCCAGCUAAUGUACAUCGUACAACGUUAGCAACACCAACGAUACCAACAGCUGCACCAGCAACGAUAGCGGCAAAUGCAUCGUUGACAUGUUUGCAUCAGAAACGGUUUUUGGAAUCGCAGCAAUUACAUGCACAACCCUUGGAUGCGUUCCUGUCAAGUAAUAAAGAUGCCAAAUGCCAUAAGCUGACAAAUGGGUCUCUAACAGUUGCGCCUGCGAACACCAAUAUGUCCGCCCCGAAAACAGUUUUUGCAACUGUAACGCAACAACAACUUCAAGCUAGUCAAGCAAAUAAAAUGUUGCCACCUACACAGCAAGCACAGCAACAUGUGAUAAAUUCCUCUAAUUCCGUUGCUGGGAACAAAACAAUGCAGCAUCAACAGCAGCAACUACAGCAGUUCCAACAGCAACAACAACAGCAACUACAGCAGCAGCAACAACAACAAAAUAUAAGUAUUAUUGAAAACAAAGUGCUGCAUCGUACAAAAUUGCAAGAUGAACGCGUGCCACCUUUGCCACAGACUCAUUUGUCAACAAACGAUGAUUUAGCACUUAUGACCACGCCCACUUGGUCGAACGGGCAAAUACGCCAACAGAGUCCAGCACGUUAUGCCAAUGCAACAAAACGUUCACUAUCAGCGCCAGCUAAGAAACAACCAAAUUUCAAGGAUGAUCCCACAGGCUAUUUGCAGCAACAAACCGCUCUCUUGCAUAGUUCAAUGCUGAAUGUUGCAAUGAGCGAAGAUGCUAUAGAAACUGAUGAUGAAAAUGAAAAUGAAAACGAUAAUGAUAAUGAAACAGAUGAGGAAUACGAUGAAGUAGACAAAGUCGAAACAACUGUGAUGCAACAACACCAGCAGCAGCAGCAGCAACAGCAGCAACUGGAAAACCUUGAACACAAAAAUAUUGAUAGCAAAGCAACUAAAAGGCUCUACAAUGGCACACAGAUAUACCAGCAAGGCAAGCAACAACAGACUGUUACAUUUUAUCGUCCACAACAGCAGCAACAACAGCAGCAGCAGCAGCAACAACGCCUACCACAGCAAAAGCCUUUGAUACAAAUAACUGAACAGCAAAUCAUGCUGUCACCUAGUCAAAUUAAUAAUAAAUUAGUUACGAAUCAGCAACAAAUUUCUGCUGCCACAACGUUGAACGCGCAUACCACACUGCAAUUAGAGCAUGAGCAGGAUAGCAAUAAUGGAAUAGUUUUGAAACCACAGCAACAGCAACAGCACUUACAAUUGCAACAACACAUUCAACAACAACAACAAACUACAAUAUACAGCCAACAACAACAACAGCCACAGCAAGUACAACAAAAAGCAGCGACAACAAUAAAAUUGGUGCCAGCAGCACAAGAAUCUCCCGUGUCCUCAAGUACUGCUUUCGCUCGUUCCACGCCGGAUAUACAGCGUAAAACACCUGACGGCUUACUGAAGCGUCCCGAACAAGUUGGUGCAAUAUCUACAAGCAACGAAAGUCCGCGUCCAUGUCCACCCUCUCCGGCAGAAUCAAUAGAAUCAGUCAGCUCACGCGCUUCAUCCAUCAAAACAGCCCCAUCACCAUCGCCUAUACAACAACAUCACCAGCACCAGCAGCAACAGCAACAGCAACAACAACAACAAGUUGUACAAAUGCGCAUACAACAACAACCGCAACCACAACAACAAGUACGAAUUGUACGUCAGGCAACACAUCGUAGUGCUGCCACAACGCAAUCAGCUGUGCGUAGUUCUGUCACGACCAUCGCUGGCAGCCGUAAUGCAACAGCCACAACAACAACUGCAUCGGCAAUGCAACAUUUGGAGACGCCAAUGCAAACCCAAAAAAUUCAAACUACAAUACAUAAACUUUCGCCGAAUAGCGCGAUACCAAUAAAUCAGCUGCAAUUACAACCGAUAAUGCGUGCGGGCGAUGCGGCCAACAGCCAAAUAAUUAUGACUUCCACGGGACAAUUAAUAGUGAUGCCAACUAAUGCCAAGCCGCAAGCGCAGCAGCAACAAGGCCAACAGCUUGUAAUUACAACGAACAAUAAUGGCACCGCAACAGUGACGAAUGCAACGCAGCCACAACCCGCCAACGUCAUCAUCCAACAACAUCAGAACCAAGUGGAUGUGCUCAAUGCACAACCAAUCGCUACUGCAGCAGCGAAUGGUGGGAUUAUACUGCAGAAUGGACAGCAACAACAAGGUGGCUAUAUUGUCAGUCAAACGCCAGCAACUGCAACUACAACGCAACUGCAACCUACCACGGUGAUACUCAAUUCUGGGCAAAAUAUCCUAACUAGCAACGGUGCCAAAGUCUUGACCACUAACGGUGGCAACAUAAUACAUGCAGGCGGUCAACAGCUCAUUGCUGGCAACCAGCUAUUGACAGCACAGAAUCCGAAUGCAACUGGCAUGUUGGGUCAGCAAACUGUAGUACUGAAUACUCUACCCAAUGGUGGCUAUGUCAUACAGCAGCAGCAACAACCUACGCCGCAACAACAAUUCACCACACUCGAUGGACAAGUGGUAAGUCAGAUAGUUCAGCAAGCUGAUGGUACUACCGCUUAUGUGCAACAGCAAUCGCAUACACAGCAACAGCCCCAGCGUAUAAUUAUCACCUCACCCGACACCAAGCGUCGUCCGAAAAAGCGUAAGAGUUCACCCAACUCAUCGCCGACAACUACGCCUGCAAAUAUUUCACCACAAAGCUCACCAACAAUACCGAAUCAAACUACAACCAUUAUGCAGCAACAAGCAGCUGCAGUUGCUGCACAACAACAACAAGCUCAACAACAACCACAAGUAGUGCAGCUGACACCGGCUACAGCAGCGCAAUAUCAGCAACAAUUCCAACUUAGUCCUGGCAUACAAGGUAUAGUUGUCAACAAAUCGGCAGCAGCGCAACACCCAACGCAACCACAACAAAUAUUGUUACAAAAUGGCCAAUUGAUACAGCCAAUGAAUCUCAUAGGACAGCAACUAUUGGUACCAGCUGGUCUAGUUAUGGCACCUGACGCUACAUUGUUGCAAAUACAAAACGUGGGUGCUUGUGGACCAAGCAUACUAACAGCAACACCGCAAGGAACUAUGAUGCUUCGUACACCUUCGCCACAAAACAAGCAAUUCAUUUCACCUACUGCUACGGCUGGACAACAGUUUAUUGUUGGCAGCAAUGGGCAGUUGAGUCCAAUCGGACAGAUCUAUUCCACACCAAUGGGCUUAGUUAUGCCAACAGCUCAACAGAAUGCUGGUACUACAACAUACGUACAACAGAAUGCCACAAUACAAGUGCAACAACAGCAGCAACAACAACAACAUGUAGCUAUACAACCAGCAACAAUGAAUUCACAGCAGCAACAACAACAACAAAAUGUUAGUGGAGUUAAUGACCAACAAAAUGCUAUAAAAAAUGCUACUUCAUCUUCGUCCAUGUCUGGACAACGUUCAGCUGCUGCAAGUCCACCUGAUACCACUACACAUAGUCCUCGCAGUCCUGAAAGGCCACCAUCUCAUCGCAGUGGCGGCAGUGAUAUGGUUCAAUGUGUUUCCAGUUCCGAACCUGAUGGUGCUGUUUCUCCUCAAAGUGUUGACAGUCGACAGUCGCCCUCCACUACUGAUAGCGAAAGAGGCAUCGUUAUAUCAACCGCAUAUCAAACCUCAAAUAUUUACAAGCCAACGGAAGCAAAAAUACGACGUGUACAAACACCGCCGCAAUAUGUUGCCAGCAACAACAACAACAACAAUGGCAAUGGUAAUGGUGGCAGCAACAACGGAAAUAACACAACCACCAUUUUGACUGGCACAAAUACGUCAACAGCUAUGACAACAUUGAAUUUGCAACAACAUCAGCAACAACAUCAGCAACAACAACAACACCAACAACAGCAGCAACAGCAACAUCAUCAUAAUUCCCGACAGGAUAUUGUAAUGAAACCUGAUUCUCAUGAAUCUCCAACAAGAUCACCAACAACAACAACAGCAACAGUAACUCCACCACCAUUGUUGCCCAACAUAACACAAACAACAAAUAUUUCAACUCAAUCCCUACAACAGCGGCAACAACAAAUAAAAACACCCACAAAACAAACACGUAAUCGACAACGUAUGUUGGCGAAAACUUCACCACGAAAACAGGUGGUGAAUAUAGCAGCUGCCAUAACUGAUAGUGUAACUAAUAUAACCUCGCAGACAACAACUACAACGACCACAACAACACCAACUAUAGCUGGUAGCAAAUUUUCCAUUGGUCAAUUAAUUUGGGGUCCUGCACGUGGUUAUCCUGCAUGGCCGGGUAAAAUUGUGAAAAUGCCUGAAGACGUUUCUACUCCAUCACAGAAAUAUGAAACAGUUUGGGUGCAAUGGUUUGGUGGUGGUGGACGUUCUACUACUGAGUUAAUAGCGGUCAACUCGUUACAGAGUCUUUCCGAAGGUUUAGAUGCACAUCAUAAAGCCCAAAAGGACACAAGAAAGAGCCGCAAAUUAAAUUCACAAUUAGAACGCGCCAUACAAGAAGCAAUGAUCGAAUUGGAUCGUAUUUCAGCUAACUCAACACUACGCAACAAUGUGGGACAUAAGCAAAUCCAACAACCAACAUCCACUUCGAACAAUAACAACAACAACACAAGUCCAAAUCGUAAUAAACGUGCCAUCGGUACAACUAUACAACGCAUCAUUAGCAAUGGCGCUGUGCACACUACAGCUGCUACAGCCGGUUUUACAAUUCUACCAGCCAACAACCAUCACUCAAACAAUCACAACCACAACAACAACAACAACAACAACAACAACAACGGUAUUUCAACUACAACAACACUCAAUCAUACAGUAACACUGCAGCGCAACAAACCAAUACGCAUUGCGCCAGCGCCACCAAGCGGCACAACAGCGAACUCAAUUGCAAACGCUAACUCAACAAGUAAAAUGCUAACCACAGCUGGAAGCAAAUGACCUUUGGGAUCUGUUUGUGCAGCACAAGUUUCGUGGUCAACCUAUACACUAGUCAUUCACAAUAAGUAAGACUUACUUACUUGAAAAGUGUAUUAUUGUGAAUCGUUUUUUUUUUCUA